GAUAUGAGCUAAAAUACAUGUUUAUCAAUUACUGUUAACAAAAACAGUCCGCGAAUUUUAUCAUAUAAUCUAUUCUAGAUAGUUUUAAUCAUUGCUAUGUUAACUUACGAGUAAUAAGAGAAUUAGUGCAAUCAGUAGUCAGUACUGUCAGUAGUCUCAGUUCAGUAUCAGUACGCGGUGACGCGGCUUUAGAAGUGGUUGUGUAUAAAAUAUUUUCAUCGAAUAUCAAGAAUUGUAUUGUAACAAUGAUUAAAAAUAAUGUGGUUUACGGAGGACCGGUCCUUAAGGUGGACGCCCAUUUGUCUUUCGGACAAUAUAUUAUAGACAGGUUACAAGAUAACAGUCAAGAAGAAGACGCAGUAGCACUGAUUAACGGUGAAACAGGACACAAAACAACAUUUAAAGAAAUACUCCAAGAAACCGUUAACGCUGCAUCCGGAAUGAAAAAAAUUGGCGUGAAGCGUGGAGAUGUCAUAGCAUUCUGUGGCGAAAAUAUAAAUGAAUUCUUUAUAGGUAUCUUGAGCACUAUUUGCUGUGGUGCCACUGUUACAACAUUGAAUGUAAUGUACUCGGAAGAUGAAAUCAAUCACGUUUUGAAUAUAUCAAAACCAAGUAUGAUAUUUGGUUCUGAAAUAGCAUUCAAAAGAAAUUUGGGUGUUUUCAAAUCACUACCCUUCAUCAAAAAUUUUGUACAAUUGAACGGCAGUCCAGUGGAGCGGGGAAUCCAGACCUUCAGCUCGUUAUUGCUGCCAACCGAUCCUAAUAUGUACGAGCCGGCACUAGAGGCCCGUGGCGAUGACACAGCAUUCAUUCUAUAUUCUUCAGGCACAACUGGUCUGCCUAAAGGAGUAAUGCUAACACAUCUCAACGCUUUGUAUACUUCAGAAGUUUUUGAGCACGGUGAAUUGAAUGUUGUUGAUAAAAGUUGUUACACUUUGCUUACCAUCGUGCCAUGGUAUCAUGCGUAUGGAUUGAUGUCAACUAUAAAUAAUGUACUUUUAAAGAAUACUUCGGUUUAUUUGUCUGGUUUUAAUCCUUUGCAGUACUUGAAGUGUAUUCAAGAUUAUAAGGUCAAUGUUUUAUUAGUUGUUCCGCCUAUAGUCGUGUUUUUAGCGAAGGCUCCAAUUGUAGGAAAAUUUGAUUUAUCUUCAGUUAACAAAAUAUGGUGUGGUGCCGCUCCUCUUAAUUCGGAAACUAUUAAUGAAACUCUGAAAAGACUGCCAAACUGUGAAGGAAUUUUCCAAGGAUACGGUAUGACGGAGACUUCUGUGGCGGCGACAAAAGAUAUAAACAAAGAUGGUGUUGUGCGUAAGCCUGGCAGUGGAGGUUAUGUUCUGCCGGGCCUUCGUGCCAAGGUGGUAAAUAUAGAAACCCGUGAAAGAUUGGGACCGUAUUGCGAAGGUGAAAUUUGCUUCAAAGGACCCGUAAUAAUGAAAGGUUAUGCAAAUAACAAAAAAGCAACUGCUGAAAUAACUGACGAUGAAGGGUAUCUAAAUACUGGAGACAUCGGAUACUACGAUGAUGACGGCUGCUUCUUCGUUGUGGAUCGACUGAAAGAACUCAUCAAAUACAAAGGACACCAGAUUGACUAUCACACUGGACAUAAAGUAAGCUAUAAGGAACUACUAGAAGAAACCGUCAGUGCCGCCGUCGGAUUACAAAGUAUGGGCCUAAAUCGAGGAGAUGUCGUAGGUAUAUGUAGUGAAAACCGACCUGAAUUUGUUACCGCUGUGAUGGGCGCUAUAUGUUGUGGCGCGGUUGUGACCGCCUUCAACCCGCAAUACAAAGCAGAUGAGAUACAGCACGCGUUGAAUAUUUCGUUGCCAAAACUUAUUGUAGCUUCUGAGAACAGCUUAAAAAAACAUAUAGAUGUUUUUAAAUCUAUGCCAUUUAUUAAUAAGUUGAUUCAACUUAAUGGCGAACCAGUACAGCACGAUGUCAAUUCGUACAGCUCAUUGCUGGUGCCGACUAAUCCCAAUACGUAUGUUCCGGUGGAGGUGAACGGCACUGAUACCGUGUUUAUUUUCUACUCUUCUGGCACUACCGGUCUGCCCAAGGGAGUCAUGCUCAGUCAUCUUAACGCUUUGUAUGUCUCCUCUUCUCUUGAUUUUGGAUAUACUCGGGAAUCAUGUAUAAGGUUCUUAUCAAUUUUACCUAUGUGCCACGUUUUUGGAUUAUUUAGUGUGAUACACUAUUUAGGAUGUAAUAAAUUGUUGAUUUUGAUGGUGUACUCACCUGUAGAUUACUUAAAAGCCAUUGAGGAAUAUAAGGUAAACCUUUUGAUAAUAGUGCCGCCAAUCGCUGUUUUUCUAUCAAAGUCUGAUCUCGUCCAAAAGUAUGACUUGUCUUCAGUGACUAGAAUUUGGUGUGGUGCAGCUCCACUCAGUCAAGAGACGACUGUGGGGGUUUUAAGGAAUUUCCCUAACUGUCAGAAGAUAAUCCAUGGAUACGGAAUGACGGAAACAUCUUUUAUAAUAAUAAAAAGCUAUGAUACCUUGGACAGCGAACAAAAGCAUGGAAGUUGCGGGCACGUCGUACCUGGCAUGAAAGUGAAGGUUGUUGACAUUAAUACUCGACAAACAUUAGGAUCGUAUGAACGAGGUGAAGUCUGCGUUAAAGGACCCCUGGUGAUGAAAGGCUACAUGAAUAACGAUCAAGCUAAUGUAGAUAUAAGGGACGACGAGGGUUUCCUCAAAACUGGAGAUAUCGGAUAUUAUGAUUCAGACGGCUGUUUCUACAUAGUCGACAGACUGAAAGAACUUAUCAAAUACAAAGGACAUCAGGUAGCUCCGGCAAUGAUAGAGCGCGUACUGCUGCAGCACAGCGACGUGUUGGAGUGCGGAGUGGUGGGAGCGCCCGACGAGUUAGCUGGCGAGCUGCCCACCGCCUUCGUAGUGCCCAAGCCUGACGUCACGCUCACAGAAAAAGAACUGUUAGACUUUACUAAUGAACGGUUAUCUCCGAUCACACGUAUACGAGGAGGUAUAUACUUCGUGAGUGAAAUCCCAAAGAGUGGUACCGGAAAAAUACUACGAAAAGUACUUAAAGCUAGUGUAAUAGCAAAAAAAUAAAAUUUGUAACAAAACUGUAGAUCAUUCUAUAUUAAAUAAUUAUUUAAUCACUUACAGAAAGAAAAAAAACUUGUUUUCUUAAUAAAAAUAAUGAUUCGUUA